AGGGUCCAAGCUUGAGCGGCCGAAAAAAACGAGAAAGCUCGCUCCUUUAUAACAAGAACCCAAACAAACACACUCUCCUCCAUUUGAAUUCAAAAUCCCUUUCUCUUCCUCAAAAGCUUUCUGCAAAUCUCUCAUCACCUCACUCUCUCCCCAACCCUAAAAAUCAUUUCUUUCUCCAAAAUCUUUCCUCUCUGGGUUCCUUUCCCCCCAAAUCCCCCUAUUAUUAUUUUAUGUGUACCCGUUUCGUUUUCGUUCGUGUGUGGACUCUAUCUGCGUAAUUUAAGAACUGGGUUCUUGUUUUUUGGGGAAAAAGAGAGAUCUUUCUGGUUUGGAAAUGGAGGAACAGAGAGUGGUUUCUUCUGCGGUUGCAUCGAAUUCUGGGAUUUCGGGAGAGAAGCGUAACGGAAAUGGAUUAGAAGAGAAAGAUGAAUUAGGGUCUAAACGUGUCAAAGUGCCAGAUCUGGAUUCUGAUGCUAAAAAAAUCAGUACUUUGCAGUCUGAUGGAAAAAUCGGAACUAGUGUUCAGCUACCAAAAAUUCUUACUAGUGGAAAAGUUUCAGGAGUAUCUGAAAUGCAUGUGGCUCCUCAUGCUGAAGGUUUAGGAAGAGUACUAGUUAGAGAAAAGGAUGUUUUGGUUAAAGAUGUAAGACCUCCCGCUGUUGUUGAGACGAGAACAUGCUUGCCUAAGGCUGCUAACUCAGUUUCUAAAGUUGAUGGUAGAUGCGUUGCUAGUACUGGGAAACAAGCUUUGCUUAAGAAUAAUCAUACUGUGAAGGAUGAGAGUAAAUGUGAGUCAAGAGGAGCUCAAGUUGAUGUUUCAAAGAAUAGCUCCGUCUUGAAACCUAAGGAGACUUCUGAAUCCGUACGAGGAGCAGCUGAGCCGCCGCCGCUUUCAAAUCCUGUUGGCGAUAAAGUAGGUCCUUUUCAGAUGUGUAGUAGUGCGGCCGGUUCAUUGGGUGAGUCAGAUUCGAUGCGGCGAUGGAGGGAAAUGAAGCGGAAUGGUUUUCUCUCUGGCCCUUUGGGUGGAGUAGCAGCACCAAGUUCUACAGUAGCGAGUGCGCCUGUUGAAGUACCUGCGCAAAAGCAACCAAAGAAUAAGAGGAGAGGUGGUGAUUCUCUCAAGAAGAGAAACGAGGUUCCUAGGAAAGAACAACAGCUGGUAGAUAGACAACAGCUGGUAGAUAGGUUCGCAAAUGUUACCGCACCAAGUGGAUUGCUGACAGAACUGAACCCGGGAAUCAUUAACCAUGUCAGGACUAAGAAACAGGUCUGCUCAGUUAUUGAAGCUUUGAUUCGGAAUGCUAAUGAGAAUGCAACCGUGGGGAAAAGACAUGCCAAUUUGAAUGUAAGAGAGUCAAUCAGAGAAGAUAGGGCAUUAGCCUUUAAGUUACCAUCUACCGGGAUGUCUGAUAGCACCAAUUCCAUUUCAAACCCACAACAAGCCACGUCUCUUGCUAUUGAAGCUGCUACCGUGGCUUCUCAAUGGUUGGAGUUUCUUCACCAAGACCUCAGUGGACGUCUUUCAGCUGUGCAGGAGAGUAGGAACAGAGUUCAAAAUAUUUUGACUACCGAGUUACCGCUUCUCGUUUCAUCAAGAGAAUCCUCUUCUAACCAAGAAGAUACUCGUCAGAGGCCGAAUACGAAUACCUCUGGUGAUGCUUCAUCUGAUACAGUAACAGAGACGCAUAAGAUAAGGUGGUCUGCAAAAUUUGAUCAGAUUAACAAAGCUCUUUAUGAUGAAGAAAGAGAUUUGGAACGUUCGCUAAACCAAGUGAAAGAAAUGCAGUCAAGAUGCAACGAGGGUCUACGGCAAAUGGACGAGUACUCGCCUUUUAGUUCCCAAUCAUCAGAUUCAAGUUUUGGGAAAGACGGGAGUCAGGAUACUAGUAUGGCGGUUCAGGCGGCUGCAGCUUCCAUUUUUUCAACCUGCAGUUUUCUUCUGUCAAUGGUGAAGCCGUCGCCUACCAGUUCUUAAUUUUUGUUUGUUUUUGGUUUACCGGCUCUUCGACUAGUCCCACCAACUAUAUAUUGUCAUUUGUGUUAGUACCUUUAAUAGGUAUUAAUAUCAUCUUUAGUGUAAAUAAUAGGCGAUUGAUGGUUUCGUCAUUCGUAUAUGUAACAUUAGUAGCGACCUUUUUUAAUAUCAAUCCUACAGUUUGGCAUUUGCUUCAAUACACAUAUCUGUUAGAGGGCAAAGUUUUCUUGUAUGAAACUCUGGACUUAAUAAUACAAGGAAUUGUUGUCUC